UCGCGACGGGGGGGGUGACGGGCAGGGGGCGGGGGGAAUGCGACGGGCAGAGCGGGCGAAUGAGCGGCUGGGGCGAUCGCCGGUGCUCUGGCGAUCGUCGCUGGCGUUCCCCCGUCACUCCUAUCCCCUCUUCCCUCUCGCCCCCACAGAGUGA